AUGUACGCAGUGUGUGCAACGUCAUGGCUACUCUACUGGGUCUUCAGCGCUUGUUGCUGGCCUACACUCUUCAUUGCCUGCCUCUUCCAAUUUGAGGCACCUGCUGCACUCGCACGCCGUACUCUGCGGAAGACGUUCCUGCGAGACCUGCACUUCAUCAACGACCAAAUCGCCUUCUUUGAUCUUCCGGCUCUGGAAAUCGACACUGAAGUUAAAGGGCUGUUCGUUAUACGUGGCGUCACAUUGUCCAUCUCGACCAUGACACUCGUAGCUCAUGGCGUCGAGGCCGGCAUCAAGCUUUCGGAUGACAUUGAGCUCGGUAUCCAAGUUGAUAGAGUUACCGUACCCUUAUUCCGAGAAAUUACCGUGGACGAUGUGUACGCCAAUGUCAAAGGUGGCGAAUGGGAAGUCACCUUCGGCGAUGUCGCGUAUGGGAUUCCGGAACCAGAUGACGAUGAUUCAGUCGUGGUCACCAAUACGGCCAUUCUCAGAGCCGCAACACAGAAGGGUGGGAUGAGCGGGCGACCCGCUGACCUUGUCAGAAAUCUUACGGCAGGCAAGAAGCCUACUGAAGCUGAAGAUGCCGCGUCCGCAUUCUCAUCAGUGAAAAAGGUUGCACCGGAUGAAGAGCAAGCGCACACGAAAUACAAAGAGCUCCUCGACUAUAUUAACAGUACGAGUGCGAUUACAAAAGCGAAAAAGCAGCUGAUAGAGGCAUCGAGAGCACGCAACGAAGCAUCGACUGACGAAGAUAGGGAUAGAGAGGGCAGAGAUGGGAGGGAAAGCAGAAGGCGAAUCAAGGAACACGCUGGAGUUCGCCUGGAUAUUGACAACAUGGAUGACUUUCGAGCCGCAAUCUGUACCCAAAUCCAUGGAGAGCCUUCGAUACCCCACCCGCCUUCAAAGUCAAUCAGAGUUUCGACGCUUCGCAAGACAUCAUAUCCAAACGUGAAGAAGUUCCUGCAUCGGCUGCCAUUUCUCUAUCGACUUAUGCUCAGCCCCAUUUGUUAUUUCCAUCCGGUCAAAUUCAAGUCCAUCACAGCGGCUGGCUCAGGAAAAUGGUUCACUGCUCUGAUGCAGCAGUACUUCUUCAAACACUACUCAUCGCAAGAUGCAGAAAUUCGCAGGCUCGAGGCGCGAAUAUCGGCCUGGUGUGCGGAUGCCAACUUUGCUGUGGAAUUUGGACAGAUGCAAAGCGAGGCUCAUUUCCCUAUUAAUACCAACUACAGCAUCCAAACGCACUUAAAGAUUUCCGAUGUCAUGGCCUACAGAGUCCUCCCGGAUGCUGUCGAACUCAAGCAGGUGGUCCGACUGGGAGGAGCGGAUGCUGUGCUUACCAUACCAAUGUUCCUGUUUCCUCAUCACGAGCACAUAUUCCCAGCCAAAUACAGUGACUUUGAGCUGCUUGAAAUGGAAUCGGAAAUCAACGAAGCUGAUCCUACGCCAAAGCAAGUUCAGUCGAAGAAAGAACUGGAAAGGCUCAAGAAGGACGAGGCGUGUAUGCAUGUCAGCGCACACGCGCACUUGCCAGCUCAGUUUCACCAGGAUCUGCUCAACUUUGUGGCCGCGAUUGUCAAAGCUACCAAAGUCAUUGAGUCAGACAGAGAUUUCGAAGAAGCAAAAGUGCUGCGCGAGCUGAAGCGUGUCAGCACCAACAUGUCCGACAGCGAAGCGAGCAGCCUUGCAUCAGUCAAUACCAACAACACUGAAACUUCACAGACGACGGUGAACGGCAACGAGGACAAGAGUUUCAAGGCUUUUCUCAAGAAGGUCGACACGGGAUUCAAGGAAGCCUCUAACAAGACCAUGGUGGGCAUGCGCAAAGCUGGUCAGAACACGGUGCAUGCAAUGGCCAAUGAUCGCUGGAUCGCGCGGCUGGUGGGUAAAGUGACUAGGAAGUUGGAAAAGGCACAAGGCGAAGUGGGAUACAGUAUAGACGUACCUAUCGCUCUGGCCAAAUACCGUGAGCGACAUGAAUUGGAACAGAAGCUUCUGCCAUAG